AUGGUCAACUGGACUGCAAUCAAGCAUCAAUUCCUCUCAUACACAGUAAUCAUCCCAAUCCGACACCUCCUGCUCAUCGAGAGCUUCCUGCUUAUCGAGAGCUUCAUCGCAGUGCUGACCACCACCGUCGACUACUUCAUCCGCAAAGGCAACAUUCACGUCCCUUCCCUUUUCCGAGCACGCAAGGGCGGCCUCUACUGGUUCUGGUCCGGUGUCAUUGGGUCGCGUCUUCGCCUGGGCUAG